GACCGUCAUGUUUCCGGUAUAGAUGCAGGCUCUAGCCUCCAGAUGUGUUGUUGACGCUGUGUGAUGGCUCCAGUGUUUCCUGCAGAUGUCCAGCAGCUGUUGGUGAUAAAAGAAGAGAUUCCCUAUGAAUGCAGCCCUAAUCUGGACCAUCAUGACUCAGAGCUUCUUCACAUAAAGGAGGAACAGGAGGAACUCUGGAAAAGUCAAGAGGGAGACCAGCUCAGUGGGCUGGAGGACAAUAUCUCUGGGUUCCCAUUCACUGCUGUUCAUGUGAAGAGUGAAGAUGAUGAUGAGAAACCUCAGUUCUCAACGCUUCAUCAAAGCCAAACUGAAAACAGCAGAGAGACAGAGCCUCCAGCUAGCAGCUCAGCUGAACAGAUAAAAACAGAAAUCAGUGAAGAAGACAGUGGACCACCAGAAUCAGAACCACAUGCAAACUGUCAUUUGCAAUCUAAUACUGAUGGAGAGACUUCAGAGUCUUCUGAGACUGAAGUCAGUGAGGACGAUGAUUGGCAGGAACCUUUGUCAGAUUUUGGACCAGAAACUGAUGACAACGACAGCAGGUUAAACAACAGCAGAGGGUCAAGUGUAAAUAAGGAUAUGGGAUUUAAGAUUGCAAAACAGUCUUUAGGUUGCUCUGAGUGUGGUAAACAGUUUGUCUGCAAGCAGUCUCUUCGGAAGCAUAUGACAUGUCACUCAGAAAAAAGGUCUUCCAACAGUUUGGUUAAUGAGAAACAUUGUAGAGUGGAUCAAAACUGUGAUUCUCAUAUGACCGUCCACACAGGAGAGAAAUCAGUUAGCUGUGACGAUUGUGGUAAAAGAUUUAAUCAAAUGAGAGAUCUUAAAAUACACACACGGGUCCACACAGGAGAAAGACCAUUUGAUUGCAGUGAGUGUGGCAAAAGAUUUCGAUAUCAAGGAAGUUUGUAUGUACACAUGAGACUCCAUGGUGGAGAGAAACCAUUUUCUUGUAAUAAAUGCGGUAAAAGGUUUAACCUCAAGACAAAUCUUAACAGACACUUAAGAUCCCACACUGAAGAGAAACCGUUUAGCUGUCACAUUUGUGGACAAAGAUUUAACUAUAAAAGAAAUCUUAACAUGCACAUAAGAGUGCACACAGGAGAGAAACC